GGUGCGAGACGUAAUGAAUACACCCCUUGUUCGUGUACGUCUCCCUCGACGUGUUUUGUUAUUGUGGAAUCCUGUCAAACACCCGGAGAGGCUCAAAGGUUUCAAUUGAUUGAGUGGACGGCGCUGUGCUGUGCUGUGCUGUGCUAGCCACCUUUAAAAAAAAUAUAUAAUCUAACUUACAUAUUUAUUUUUGUUUGUUGCUAUAAAGCUCCCCAAAAAACUCCGCUCAAUUCGACGCCAUGGACGUUGGUCAAGCAUGCCCCCCUGCCCCUACUCUCUCUCUUGACCCAGACAUCAACCUGAACUCUCCCAACAAGGGCCUGGGCCCUGCAGGAGGAGCAGACCCGCUGACUGAUGUCCCCGUGGAGGGCGGAGCCGUGGGGGUAUCCUCCAUCAACACGUUACCCCCGGGGCUCACAGAGGAGGAGGCUGAGGAGAUCCGCUCUGAGCUAGUCAAGGUGGAAGAGGAGAUCAGCACCCUGAGACAGGUGCUCCUGGCCAAAGAGAAGCAUUCUGCUGAUCUGAAGAGGAAGCUGGGGCUGAGCCCCCUCAACGAGCUCAAACAGAACCUCACCAAGGGGUGGCAGGAUGUCCAGACCUCUAAUGCAUAUCUUACAGCGUCUGCAACUUUGGAUGAAAUUGCCCGAUCUGAAGCGUACAAGAAGACUCAGGAAACCCUGUCUGUGGCGGGACAGAAGACCACUGCUGCCUUCUCCACCAUGGGAACUGCCCUCAGCAGGAAACUGGGAGACAUGAGAGCGCUGCCGUUCUCUAACUCCUUUAGUAGCAACUACUCCAUCCGCCAUUCGAUAAGUAUGCCAGCGAUGAGAAACUCUCCAACCUUCAAGUCGUUUGAGGACAAAGUUGGAAACAUCAAGUACAAGGUGGUUGGAGCCAGAGGUAACGGUGAAGCAGUCCAGUCCCCGACCGACACAAACCCUGUUCAGGACAACGCACCCUUCUGAAGAUCCCCCCCCCCCCCCACACACUCCCCUCCUCCUCUCUCUCAUCACCGGGACUGUGACAUCAUCAUUAAGCGCCUCAUCACUGAGUGACACAUGACCUUUGGCCUAAAGAAGUCACCUUCUAAUCUCCACAUUACUCACUACUGCCUCCCUCGCCUGACCUGGAAAACGUAGUGCCCUAUAUCAUUAAUACUACUGCCCAGUCCUAAAUCACCCCCUAGCCCCUACUCUGUAGCCCCUACCCUCUCCCUUGUGGAGAACUGAAAGGACUGAAGUGAUGUGUGCAGUAUGGCAACAAUUCCACCUAUGCUAUGACAGGUCAAGGUGGGAGCCACUACUAUAUUGUUUAAACCAAUAGGUUGAUUUGUUGCAUAUUGCUUACUCUUAUCUAGUUCCUUCAGAUCUCCACAAGUGCCUAGGAGGUUAGGGGCUAAAGGUACGUUUGGAAUCUCCCUCCUCAGCCCCCCCCCUCGCCUACCAAGAGCAUGUGCAUAUCUCAUCUCACUGUGCAAAUACAAACUACCGCAAUAUACAACCUGAGGUUACAUAACAUCAACUCACCACAGCUUGUAAAAAAAAUAACAAAUGACAACUACGGUAAACCAUUUUGUAUUAUAAAACAAUUUUACACUGCUUUGCAUAAUGUUUUUACAUGACUUAUCUGUAUGUAUAAAUAUAUAUGAAUAAAUAUAUUGUGAACAAUUACUGCCAGUCGGCAUUCAUCGGUAAGUAUGGCUGACGUGGAGGCUCAAAGAAAAAGGUAAAUAAAAAAACACCAUCGACUACAACAAUGAUCAGUUUGGUGCCCUGCUGAGAGUUUCUGUUUGGUGCCCUGCUGAGAGUUUCUGUUUGGUGCCCUGCUGAGAGUUUCUGUUUGGUGCCCUGCUGAGAGUUUCUGUUGGUGCCCUGCUGAGAGUUUCUGUUUGGUGCCCUGCUGAGAGUUUCUGUUUGGUGCCCUGCUGAGAGUUUCUGUUUGGUGCCCUGCUGAGAGUUUCUGUUUGGUGCCCUGCUGAGAGUUUCUGUUUGGUGCCCUGCUGAGAGUUCAGUUUCUGUUUGGUGCCCUGCUGAGAGUUCGAUUUCUGUUUGGUGCCCUGCUGAGAGUUCGAUUUCUGUUUGGUGCCCUGCUGAGAGUUCGAUUUCUGUUUGGUGCCCUGCUGAGAGUUCGAUUUCUGUUUGGUGCCCUGCUGAGAGUUCGAUUUCUGUUUGGUGCCCUGCUGAGAGUUCGAUUUCUGUUUGGUGCCCUGCUGAGAGUUCGAUUUCUGUUUGGUGCCCUGCUGAGAGUUCGAUUUCUGUUUGGUGCCCUGCUGAGAGUUCGAUUUCUGUUUGGUGCCCUGCUGAGAGUUCGAUUUCUGUUUGGUGCCCUGCUGAGAGUUCGAUUUCUGUUUGGUGCCCUGCUGAGAGUUCGAUUUCUGUUUGGUGCCCUGCUGAGAGUUCGAUUUCUGUUUGGUGCCCUGCUGAGAGUUCGAUUUCUGUUUGGUGCCCUGCUGAGAGUUCGAUUUCUGUUUGGUGCCCUGCUGAGAGUUCGAUUUCUGUUUGGUGCCCUGCUGAGAGUUCGAUUUCUGUUUGGUGUGUUUCUACAAUGUGGAAGCAAGGCUUUAGUGUAAAGACCAGUUUCUACCUUCAUCAGAUGGCUAUCUUUAGGCCUUACUCUUUCAGUCUUAUUGCUUUCUGUUACUUUGCUGGUAUAAAAUAAAUGUAAUUUUUUUUUCUAUUCUUUCUUCAUCUGGAAGUUGUAGAAUAUCGUUUAGCCUGGGAGGUGUUUGCUUUCUCUCUUAUUUUAUAGGCUCAAGUGUUUACUGUUAUUGUGCCACAUCUGAAAUGAUCAACUGUCAAAUACAGUCCAGACAGCUCUCUGUGUCCACCAUUUUUAUUCUAAGAAUUGUCCUCGUGCCUCAGGCAUAACCCCACCACACACUUGUAUGCACACACUCCUGUACCCAGACGUACUCGUACCCACCCUGUGACUAGCUCUACUGUUAUUUAUAUAUCAACAACACUUCCUGUUUUGCCAGUGUGCACUAACCCAUCCCUCUUUACACUAGAACACAACUUGAAAUAGCUUCUAUUGGUUUGGUAACAGUCACUUUUGGUUAUUUUCAACAUGAUGUAUCUAUGGAGAUUGUAUUCCCCCAAUUUAGUGUUACAUUUCUAUCCAGGGGAUGGAGUAUUCAUUUACCCUUUAACUUUUUAUUAUCAUUAUUUUUUAUUAUUUAGUAGUGAUGAUCAUAUUUAGUUUGUGUUUUUUGAUGUCUGAUUCUUGGUUGGAGUUUAAAUAAGGUUUGUUUUUAUAUUUAAUUGCCAUCUGUAAAUCGUUGCCAAUAUGUAAUUUACCUGUCUGUUACAGAUCUCUCUCUCACUUUCAAAUUAAUACCAUAGUUAUUAUAUAGAUGAUAGGUCUGCUACGAUCUGGACCGGUUUCCCCCAGACACAGAUCAGACCAGAGAAUUUCCGUUAGGAAUGCGUUUUAGUCCAGGAUUUAGCUUAAUCUGUUGGCAGACAGGGCCUCCCUAAGGCAACCCAAUUCAUGUUUUGUCCGAUUUUUAUUGGCAAAAGAUCUGAUCGGUCAAAAAGACCAAUUUUAGUGGCGAAAGAUCAGAAUUGGGCUGCCUGUGUAAGCGCAGCCUUAGUAUAUUCCGUUGUCUGUGGUUAUGACGGCGCAAGGGGAAAGGCAGAUGUAUCCCAUAGAUUGUGUAGAGCUACAAAAAACAUUGUUUGGGUCUAAUGUACAUUUUUGGGACGCCACAGCUGAAUUUGUUAAAACACAUUUAUUGAAGGCAUGUACAAUGUUGGGAAUGAUAGGAAUAUAUAUAGCUUUAUUUAGAAUGGGAGCCUAGUUGUAGACCUUUAAAUGGAUAUGAGAAUGGUGGAUGAAUUCAAAUGUUGGUUUGUCAUAUGUUGAGAAUAUCAAUAAAGCAUUCCUUUAAACAAAG